GUUUCGUCGAUCUGUCGUGGAACUGUCAAACAAUCGUUCGCCGUCAGUGCGAUAAAGAAAACUGAAAUAAGCAACAUUUCCACAUAUUGACACGCAUUGCAACGUUGACAAAUUUAAUUUACCAUGGCAGACAAAAGAAAAACCAAAAAACGUAAAGAGGAAUAUGGGGAGCCUCCCGAGUCAGAAAAGCCGACGCGCGAGGAGUACUCUGUAGCCAAGUGGCUGAAGGCCAACGUGCCUACCAAGAAGACCAAGUUCCUGAACCAUCACGUGGAAUACUUCACUGGAGUGAAGGCCGUGGACGCGCUCCUGACGUCAAAAUGGGCGACGGGCAAGAACCCUAUCUUCACAACGCGGCUCGAGGUCACAGAUUACUUGCACCAGAUGCUGCUGCACAAACUAUUCCACAGGGCUAAGAAGGUACCAGUGAGCGAACAGGAGUUAAAAGGCAAGAAGAAAAAGGAUGCAGAUAAAAACAAGAGUGGCGAUGAAAAGGACGACAAGAGUCAAGUCAGCGCGAGUGAGGGAAAGGACACAAAAGAUGGCAAGGACAAGGACAACAAAGAAAAAGAGAAGAAGAAACGCAAGAUCCGGCUAGAAAUGCACAUGGAGCAAGUUUUCCUGGACACCCUGGACGCGUACGUGUGGAUAUACGACCCCAUGCCGUGGUACUACUGGGUGUGCGGCGCGCUCGUCGUGUUCGGGACCAUCGGCGUCUGCAUGUUCCCGCUGUGGCCCGCCACUGUCAGAAAAGGCGUAUACUACUUAUCGAUCGCGGCCGCCGCGUUCCUGGUGCUUAUCAUCGCCUUGGCCGUCCUGCGCGUCGUGGUGUUCUGCCUGGUGUGGCUGCUGACGUUGUCGCGGCACCAUCUCUGGCUGCUCCCCAACCUGACCGAGGACGUGGGGUUCUUCGCCUCCUUCUGGCCGCUGUAUAAGUAUGAAUACCGCGGCCCGGGCUCGGAGAGUGACAAGUCGUCUAAAAAGAAGAAACGCAAGAAAGACAAGCAGUCCGACGACGAAGAGGAAAAGGCGCCGCUGCUUCCCGCUAAGGACGCCACCGAGGCGCCCGCGGCGCAAGAGGAACCCAGCGAUACCAAAGAGGAGGCCCCCUCGCCGGGCGAGAAGCAAUCGGAGUCCGAGAGCGAGAACAGCCAGCGAUCGUCAACCGACCGAGACUUCGAGAUGGUCGACCCUCAGGACCUGGACGAGAAGGAGGAACAGUAACUACACGGCACGUAACUUUAGACUUAUUAGAAACAAAGGCUUGUUCAUUGGUAGGAAGACAUGUAGUUACCCUUUGACUGCGAAAGUCAACGGCCAGACUCGGAAACCGGUUAAAUUUCCAAACCGUUAUAUGUACUUAGCGCAACACCUUUUAACUUCGGUUUCGUUCGUAAAACCGUUAUUUUUAAACCGGUUUUAGGAGAACAUUUCCGUAAAGUCCUUGUCCUAUUUUAUGUCUACUGUCUUGUUCUAUGUGGGUGUCUUUGUUUACGCGACACACCACCAGACCGUACGACCGUCUCGUCGCUCGUCGAAUAAACCGGUUACAAUAAAGUUCUUAAAGCGUGCGCGUUCUUAUGAAAGUUCGGAGUAAAACCAAAAUAAACCGGUAUUUACCGCUAUUUUUAAACCGGUUUCGAGCCUUGGUCAACAGCACAAUAUCAAACUUCAUGCAACAAGGUUCACGAGGACGCGCCGCACACGAUGUACUUUGAUUUUGACAGCUGAUCAAGGCUUCGUACAUUAUCCGGUAAUUUUGAGGGCCUUCCGCGAAACACUAAGGUCGCUGGCUUCUAUUUGGCUCUAUCGCUCGAAUAUGUAAGAGCAAUAGAGAUAGCGAACAUUUGAUUCGCGGUAGCCUGGUGGUUAAAGUUUACGCUCGAUAAUUCAACCACAUAACAUAUGGCGAAUGCAGCGUGUUCUUCAGUUGUCAAACUCGGACUGCCAGAAAUAACUCUUUGGUUAGAAACAAAUUUGAGUUAUAACAAGCCAGUGCACUGGGGUCGAUGUUUAUAAACAAAAAUGACCUAAAAUUUUGGUGCAGUUUUUUGACAUUUAAUCCGUAUUGAUAUAAAUUUUGUUAUCAUUCUACGUCGAGUGUAGCAAUUUUGAUAUGCGUUGAACCAAUUUUAAUGUGAACCGUCUCGACAUAUCUUUUUUUUGACAAAAUGUAUCAUUUUAUUAAUUGUAUUCGUCCGAUAGAUACCCCCUUUUCUGAAUUUAUUUUCUUGUUAUUUAUCCAAGGGGUUUUUUGUAUAAUGUUAUUGGUAACUGCGUUUUAGGUCAAUGGAAAUCGGCGCAAUUUACGCGGCCAACUUAGUAGAAAAGUUAUAGGACAGUCAAAAACUACUUGUAAAAUGAAAUGUACUUGUGAAAUAGUAAAUAUUCUCACAGUGACCAUAUCUUCCAUUCAUUUGUAUGAUGUGUAUGUCUUGGCGUUUUAAGAAUGUUUAUUUAUUUUGUCUAUGUUUUAAACAGUUUAUUUUUUAGCCCACUUUGUGCUGAGUUAUAUAAUGUAUAGUGAAAAUUAUUUGAAGUGUAAACUUAAAUGAAAAUAUUAGCAGAUACAUUAAUUGUGUAAGAUGCGUAAAAUCUAAGACAAUUUCGUGCUCCGAAUUUGACGGGUUAUCUCUUAGAGUGGUAGGCCGUCGACUCCCGACCGAUUAAGUAUAUCAUUUAAAUUUCAAAUUUGAUUAAUUGAAAUAAAAUCAAAAUUCCAUUAACUCAAACACGACAUAUGCCACUUGAAGAGUUAACGAGAUGGCGCUGUAGAGGUCCAUAUAGGGACCGUGCGCGUUGGAGGCUUUGCCAUCUUGUGGCCUGAAUCGGAACAAUAAACAUGCACAUGUACACGUCACGUGUUUUCUUGUGCAUAGUAGGUUCUGCCAUCUUGUGGGCUACAUCGGAACAAAAAACAUCACAUUUACGCCUCCUUCCUACAGUUCAUGCACGCUCCCUAUAUUUUGCGGUAUCUCGGACUGUCAAAAGUUGACGUUUGACAAUUCAGUGACUGCCAAACAUAUGGCGCAAUUCAACGCCAUCUGUUUUGGAUGUGAAACUUAAGGAGCACGUUUUUUUCUUAGACUUUACCUCACUCUUACAAUCAAUUCUCGUUGAUAUUUAUAUAUAUUAGACAAAUCCAUAACAAAUAACUGUCUAGAGAUCGUAGGGCCUUGUUUUAAAGUUACUACUUUACGAGUCGCCUUUUAGACUGCCCUUUGAUCGCCAAAACGUUACAUUAUAAAAUAAACCUUAAUACAUUCUAAUAAUAAUAUACGAUAUGAAAUAAAAUGUGCUACUUAUGGCGGUCAAAAGUAUUUUUAAAUCCUAAUUUACACAUUACACUGUUCUAGUUAUUUGAAUUUGUCAGAAAGAAACAAAACACAAGCUAUCAAACGCAUAAUUUUUUUUAUCAAAGAUACAUUGUAUAAUGGCUUUACACACUCGUCGAGAUUCCCCGAGACAAGCCGAGAUCGAGUGUGUACAUGCUGCUCCCUUCUGGUCUCUCUGUCUCCGAUUGGAUCGGAGCGGUGCCAAGACUCAGUGAGAGGCUUUCAACGAGUGUUUAUAGCCGGCAUAAGAUGUGGAAAGUUUAAGAAUUAAUUGUGCACCCGAGAUUGACAGUUGAAGACGACUUUACACAUCUUAUACAAACAAAGAAUCUUUGUUUUUAUGAAUAAGGGGGUUAUUGUGGUCAAAUAAGUUUGAGUGAGCGAGUAGAUAAUGUAUUCUACUUAUAUAUAACGCUAGCUUCAAGCAUCGCAAGCGUUAGUGUGAUAAAUUUUAUACUUUGAGUUAAAUAUUUACAUUUGCAAUGUUUUCUAUAUAUUUUUGGUUUGUUAUAAUUUCUUGUGUCUGUAUACUUUUUACUGUGUACAUUUGUGAAUUUAUUUAUCGUCUUUAUAUAAAAUGUUAUCCAUAAUUGACGUUGAAUCUAAAGUACCUACAUGGUAUUAUAAUUCACUUUAGAAGAUUCUCAAUAAUAGAUCGAUAAGAUAUUGAUAAUAAAUCUAUUCGACAUUUAA